AUGCAGACUGGAUCCUAUACACACUACAUGGAUCCUCCAAUCAAAGAAUAUCGCCAUGGAGAUGGAGACGGCCGCAGGUCCGGUUCUUCUUCACCCCAUUCCGGUUCCAAUCCCUUCGCUGUACCUACGAUUCAGUUUUCUUACAGUGAUAGCGAAUCUGACUCCGAUGAGCAUCAGCCUCUGCACCGGUCUCGGCACCUUUCUCGAAAUCCGCUUCUGCAGCCGCCAUCUCGGCAGCCGCCUCGACAAGGUACUUCUAAACAGCACAAAGAUACAUUUGUUCGGAAAAAGCCGCGUCACUCUUCAGAUGCCGAACCUCUACUUCAGUUAGAUACCUCUAAUUGGAGCUCGACGUUUUCCGCCCCCUUCUCACCCACGAUACCAGUUCCACGUGAUAUCAUAUCUCGUCAUAAUGGUGAUGGUUCAUUGGCACCUUCCAAGAGUAUUCUAGAAAGGUUGGGCCGUGCCAAAUCCACAAAUACCCGACCAGAGUCUGUCGAAGAUGAUCAAAUGUUGCCAUCUCCGUCUUCGUUAGGUUCUCAAGAAGUUACAUUUCUUUCUGGAGAUGAUGAAGAAGAUGUUAAUAUCGAAAAUGAGCUUAGCGAUUGCCUUGAUUUGGCCCUAGGCAGUGAUAACCAGACUCAUGAGGGUGUGUGGAUGCCUUCCCAGAAGUCCACGCUACGUCAAAGACGUAGAAAACCUCCUCUUGCCCCAUCGCCUUUACAGUCAACUUCUGCUGUGAAUUUAACAGCGAACGAAUCUGUGGGGGCCAGUUCUUCUGUGAUAGGAACAGAUUUGGAGGCGCUAAGCAGUAGCUAUGAAGUUAUACCGAUGGACAAUAUGAGUGGCAGUCAUGAUGAUGCAGAAUCGUCUCUGCAUGUUCCUGCGAAGGCAAUUGGCAAUGCUUUUAAACAAUUUUCAAACAAAGUGAAUGCAGGAGAAGAUGAUGCAGCCGAUGACGAGGCUGAAGAGGCCGAUAAUGAAGACGACCACAACGAGAAUGAUCUCCAUCAUGAUUAUGAGAAUGGAGGCCAUCUCCAAAAUCUAACAGGUCACUCAGAUCCCUCUGGAUCACUUUCUGCGACGGCUUCCAACUCUUCAUACGGUCAUGAUGAAGCUCCUUCCAGUAUCAUCGAUAUUCUCAAUCCAUUCAAUGAUCAAUACGGUCAACAAUCCUUUGUAAGCUCUACAAAGGAGGAUGAGGAGCCAGAAACUCCGGCACUUCGAUCUCCUCCUCUCUAUGGUAGGUCGCUCCAAUUCUUCCUCUAUAAUAGUCCCAUUAGAAAGCGCUGCUACGAACUUGCUACUGGUUCCAGGCUGAAUCAAUCUAUUACUACACUUCUCAUUGCCGAGACAGUUCUUCUUACAUAUCAGGAAUGGACUGUAGAUCGACAAUAUAUGAUUAACAAAAGGUACAUGUGGGUGGACUGGAUUUUGUUUAUUUUCUACAUCGUGUAUACUGCUGAGAUGGUCAUCAAGAUCAUUUCGUAUGGAUUUCAUGAUGAUUCUCAGAUGUUUAAAGCUUUGCGAAUCGAAAGAGAGAAAGGCUUGAUUAGAAGGUACUACGAGAAAUUGACAACGAAGUUCAAACGCAUGCGAAGACGCCAAUCUACAGAUGAGGCUAAUCCAUUCUUGGAUGAGGGGACGGAGACUCAUAACCCCGUCCCCAAGCAGACCGAAGCCCAUCGAAAUACAGCCGUCCUUAUGGCUCCUCGUGCUUAUCUUCGUGCAGAUUGGAAUAAAAUUGACUUUAUUUCUAUAGUCUCUUUCUGGAUCUCUUUCGCUCUUUCAAUGUCUGAAGUAGACAUAAAAUACAGAUGCACUGUGUUUCGCUCGCUCAUGUGCCUCAAGAUAUUGCGACUUUUCAAUAUCACCCACGGUACGCGUAUGUGCCUUAAGGGUAUUCGAGCCGCCGGUGCUCAAUGCAAAGAGGUGACGCUUUUCCUAGUUUGCUUUUGGAUUCUUUUUGCUGUCAUUGGUGUUCAGUCUUUCAAGACUUCUUUAAGAAGGCAUUGUGUAUGGGAGAAUCCUUCCAAUCCCGCUGAAACUUACUUACAAAAAUUACAGUUUUGUGGCUCUUAUUUAGACCCAACUACAAAGCACGCUAUGCCCUGGUUGGAGGCGGAUGGUUCAUCUUCCUCUCAGAUAAAGGGAUUUAGAUGCCCCAUUUAUUCGAAGUGUAUUUUGAGCGAGAAUCCUUAUGGAAACACGGUUUCCUUCGAUAAUAUCUUUCAUUCGCUCGAGCUUGUAUUUGUUAUCAUGAGUGCCAACACUUUCACCGAUAUCAUGUAUUAUACCAUGGAUAGCGAAACGAUUGCAGCUUCAAUGUUCUUCAUUUUCUCCAUUUUUUUCCUAACUGUCUGGUUGCUUAAUUUAGUCAUUGCUGUGAUCAUCAACUCCUACAGAGUACAUUUGGAGGUCAUGGAAAAUAGAAGUCAGGGAAAAGGGUCAAAAUUUGAGAUAAAAUUGAAGAUGUGGCACAUUAGAUAUGCCGACUUUGUUUCCCAUUCAAAGAAUAUCACCAAACUCUUCAACUUUAGCAGUGUGUUUGUCGUCAUUAUCAUGGUAAGCUUCAUUUUUGAGUGUACCAAGACAUCGGAUGACGCUAUGAUUGCUUUCAACAAGUACUAUAGGGCACAGUUUGUUACCACGAUGAUCUUGGCCGGUGAAAUCUUGAUUCGAUUUUUGUGUUUCGUGCCAGGUGGUCACUGCAGAGUCUUUUUCUAUUCAAUAGCUAACUGGAUCGAUCUCAUUCUUGCUGUGAUCACUUCAGUUAUCAUUGCUCCUCCUAUCUACAAGCGAUUGGGUGCACUGUAUGGUUGGCUUAGUGUAUUUCAAAUCGCCAGAUUCUAUAGGGUUGUGAUUUCGUUUGGUUUCUUGAAAGAAGCAUGGCAAUCUGUGUUUACCAGAAUUAAACCUUUCUUGCAUCUGUGUCUCUUCUUCGUGCUUUCUAUCUACCUCAUAGGUAUCAUUAUGGCAAGGAUGUUUGAAAAUGUAAUCUCUCCUGAAAAGUUUCUUGUGUCGAACCAGCUCAUCAUGCUAAACUUGCCUAAUGUCAUGUUGUCGCUUUAUACUAUCACUUCCACUGAAAAUUGGACAGAGAUACUUUACUAUGCUCAACAAUCUGCUGCGAAUGGAUUCACUAGGUUCUUCUGUUCUGUCUGUUUGAUUUCUUGGUUCAUAUUCUCAAAUACUGUGUUGCUCAACAUUUUCAUUGCCAUUAUAACGGAGAAUAUCGGACUUCCAGAAUCUGAAAAGAAGCGUCAGCAGAUUGAGCAGUUUUACAGGAAGUUGAAGAAGGCUACCUUGCACAAGGAAACAGCUCUAUUUGACUCUUUUAGACGGAGAAUCAACAACUCGCAAGGUGCUGAGGCUACUAGAACUGUUUUGAUUGAGAAAAUGAAGAUGUUGAUGGAAAACUACAGUUCAGAACAAGAGCCCGUACACAAAGAACCUUCUUUGGUUUAUCUUUUUGGUGCAUGGAUUUCGGAUUUGUUUCGAUUUAUUCCACUUUAUAGUCGGGUAAUGAGAGCCCUUGGCAGAGUAUAUGGUCGGUUUGUUUUGCUACUAAAGAGGUGGGUGGCUAGGAUUAAAGAGAAGCGAAAUAAUGCGGGUGUUGGAACCGUCGAUCGGUCAUUGGCCUUGUUUCCUGGUAACAACAGUUUUCGAAUAUCUUGUCAAAAGUUGGUGGCACCUGGAAGAGGUGUCCGUACUGUAGGUGUUCAGCCUAUUCCCUUUUUACGAGAUACAUUCUCAGUGAUUAUGUUCAUUGCUUCCAUUGCUGUCAUUGUAGUGGCCUGCUAUACCACUCCCCUAUACAAGAGGCGUAUGGGCUUCUAUUCCAAUGAGUGGAACUGGACUUUGUAUUUGGACUUGUUCUUUUCAAUUCUUUUUACCGUCGAAUUUAUCAUCAAGGUUGUGGCAGACGGUUUUGCUUUUGGUCCGUGCGCCUAUCUUGGUUCUUCAUGGAACGUGAUCGAUUUCGUUGUUCUUAUCUCUUUCUGGUUUGCGGUUUUUGCUGUUCUGUUCAAUGAGUAUACUGUUUUAACUAUCGUCGGUGCCAUCAGAGCUCUGAGAGGUUUCCGUCUUUUGACUAUCACAAAGGGAUCUCGGGAAGCAUUUCAGUUUGCCGUAAUUUCUGGUGCUAGAAGGAUCUUUACUGCUGCUAUUAUUGCUCUUUCGCUUUUGAUUCCCUUCGCCCUUUGGGGUCUUAAUCUUUUCAGAGGGAAAUUGGGUUCCUGUUCUGAUGGAGACAGCAGCAGAGCUGAGUGUGCAUUAGAAUUUGCCAAUGAGGUAUUCAAAUGGGAUGUUUUAAGUCCCAAUGCAUUCACUUACCCAUAUCUUGAGUUCAAUACCUUCCGACAUGCUCUUUUCACAAUGUUUCAGAUCAUUUCCUUAGAAGGAUGGGUGGAUUUGUUACUUAACCUCAUGAACAUCACUGGUUUUGAAACGUCUCCUAAUACUUUUGCCUCUCCUGGUAAUGCGAUCUUCAUUGUACUUUUCAAUUUCUUUUCGAUCGUGUUAAUCUUAAAUGUUUUUGUUUCUUUGAUCAUCAACAACUAUUCGAUGCAGACAGGUGUCGCCUAUCUGUCUGAGCAACAGCUAGCUUGGUAUGAGGUGAAGAAAAUUCUAGGUCAGGUGAAGCCUUCGAAAAGAAUUGACAGCUCUCAUAUGAGUCCAUUUAGAAAGAGGUUAUACGACGCUUUUGUGAGUAAGAACCGUCACAUUUCAAGGUAUGUGAAGGGUCUUUUGUUCAUUCAUCUUGGUGGACUUCUUUCUGAAGCAUAUCCAAUGUCAACGGCUGGAAACGAUGUUCGUUAUGCGAUUUUCAUGAUUUCUACUUCUGGAUUGCUUAUCUAUAAUUUUCUUUCCCUCUAUGCUUACGGUCCAAAGUUGUUCUUCUCAAACAAGUGGAAUGCUUUUCGGCUUUUCGUUUCAUCAGGAGCGUUCGUCAUGACAUUUGUCUUGUUUUUCAUUCCCAAGACCACAGUGUACAAUAAUUUUGACAAAUUAUUCUUGGUUGCAGUUAUUCUUUUCAUCAUUCCUAAGGUUGAUACUUUGAACCAACUAUUGCGAUUCGCCUCGGCUAGUUUACCAUCGCUGUUUGCCAUCAUCUACACAUGGUUCGUUCUAUUUAUUGUGUUCGCAAUGGCUUUGAACCAGAUAUUCGGUUUGACCAGAACAGGUCCUAAUACAACCGGUAAUCUUAAUGCCAGAACGGUACCUAGGGCCCUUAUCAUGCUCUUUAGAUGCAGUUUUGGUGAGGGUUGGAACUAUAUUAUGUACGACUUUGCUGUGAUAGCUCCGUCCUGUUACGGUGGGCAUAUCUACAACACAGAUUGUGGUGAAGAGGGUUUAGCUUUUGUAUUGUUUAUCGUGUGGAACAUUUUGUCCAUGUACAUCUUCAUGAACAUUAUGAUUUCUGUCGUGAUCAACAACUUCAGUUACGUUUAUCAUGGUUCAGGACCUCAUGCUGCCAUUACCAGGGAGGAGUUGAGAAAGUUCAAGCGUGCAUGGAACAAAUACGAUGUCUAUGGUUCUGGAUAUAUAAGGCCAGACCAAUUUCAGUCAUUUCUCAGCUCUUUGGACGGCGUUUUGUCUUAUCACGUGUACCAGAAGCCAUAUAGAGUGCCAGAAAUUGCUCCUCAGUGGAUCACUCAGAAUUCUGCCAAUCCAUACGAUCUUCGACUCGACUUUGGUAGGUUGAACAAAGUCUUUGCGCAUAUAGAUUUUGAGAAAUCUGCAGGAAGAAGAGACAGAUACAAUUACCUUGUAGUUGAGACACAGUUAAAGGCUGUCCAAACAGAGCAAGGACCCAUGCUUAAGUUUACAGAUGUGAUCUCUGAAGUCGGCUACUAUUCUCGUUUCGAAGAUAGCACUUGUUUGACGUUGGAAGAUUUCAUCAAGCGAACCAUUUUAAUGAAACGGAUCAACAGGAUCCUUCGAAACAUGAGUAUACAUGCAGCAGUGGAGUUGGCAGUGACUAGGCUUAGAUUUAAGUCCCGUACAUUGAUGAGUUCUCAGCAGUAUAAUACUGCUGGCUUUGAUCCUUGGACCGCAAGUGAUUUCGGAGUUUCAGAUGACGAGGAUCCGUUCAGGGACACAUGA